AGAAAUGUAUCCUUGAUAAAUCCAUCCAGGGGGCUAGGGGCAGAAAUAUAUCAACAGUUUCACGACUUAUCUACUCUAAGUCGUGCAUGUAGGAACUGUUUUUAACUGCAGCUUGAAUAUGAGGGUGGGUGGAGGGAUUUCUCUUCUCUUUGCUUUAUUUCAAUCAGGUGUAGGCCAAAGUGUAAGCUGUAACCACGACGGUGAGUUGCUUCCAGAUCCAGAGAAUUGCCGCAAAUAUUACAAAUGUGCACAGGGUGCCCCGUCCCCGCAGAGCUGUCCAGGAACACUCGUCUUCGAUCCAUUACUUAAGAUCUGUAAUUGGCCUGAUUCCACGACGUGUAUUGUUGACCUCAAACCAAAGAUUCCAAUCAGAGAAAAGAGUGUGAUAUCUGGUUUAACAGAGGAGGAUCUUUUCAAAGGGGCGGAGGGCAUUGAAGAAGUACCUGAACUCACGGAGGCGGAAGAAAAACGACGGAAAGAGGCAAUUGCCAGUCUUUUUCAUGUCAGGGAUAGGAAGACAAACCCCUUGGUUCGAUUAAGAACUAGCAGACCCCGAACAUCACAGGAGCCAAGACCAACAGCAAGGCCUACAGAGGUUCCUCAGUUCAGUAACAGGGGAAGCCAACUUUUCAGAAAUUCUGGAGAUGCAGACAGAGAUAGGGACAGGAACUCAGAACAAGAUGAAAAUGCCAGGGAUAGGGAUAGGGAUAGUUUCAGAGACUCUGACAGGGACUCUGAGAAUCGGGAAGAAGAUCAAGAGAAAUUUAGAAAACAAAAAGUUAAAGAACAAAUUCUCAGAGAUCUGUUUGCAGAAAGUGAAUUUCAGGAGAGUGCCCCAGUAGAGGAGGAUAAACCCCAGGAGAAAAAGAAACCUUAUUUUGAACCCAUUCACUGCCAUUCAGGAGCUAGUAACGAACUGUACGCGAACCCUCAGAAUUGCCGUAAAUAUUAUAAAUGUGAGAGUGGAGGUCCCAGCCUUCAGAGUUGUCCGGCUAAUCUUAUAUUCGAUACUAAACUAAAGAUCUGUAAUUGGCCGGAUGCAGCAGAAUGCUUAGAAGAUCCUAGCUUUGAACUGCCAGAUAUUGUUAGCUCAGAUACACAUCCUCCUAAACAGAGGAAUCCUUCCAUCAACACCAUUGACACAGGCACUUUUAUAGAACCUGAGCCGAUUGUGAUUAGUUCGGUUCCAAGUCCAGAGCAUGCCAAUGUGCCUUCUUUCAGAGAGGCUAAAGAAAGAGAAAACCUAUUGACAAAACAAUAUCCACUUUUUGACAAGGUGAAAAAAACAGUUCAUACCCUGGAUACAUCUAUUGUUGAGAAAAUAAAACCUGGAGCUUCUGAUAAUCCCGAUAAUGUACAGAGAGUGGAAUUCAUUCUCACAGAGGCCAACUAUGAAGAUCUUUUCCCUAGACGACAUCCGAGUUAUACUUAUCAACGUCUUUUACAGGCAAUUGGAAAAUUCCCGGCAAUCUGUGGCUAUGUGGGAAAAGAGGAUGAAUCAGACAGAAUUUGCAGAAAGACGUUGGCCACCAUGUUCGCGCAUUUCACUCAGGAAACUGGAAAUCAUAAUCCUAGUGAUAACGAAUUUGAGGAAUGGAGACAGGGUCUGAGUGUUGUACGCGAGCAAGGUUGUACAGAUACUUCUCCUGGUUGUGGGUACAACAUAUCAUAUCCUAUAAUUGUACAGGGUCUAAGUGUUGUACGCGAGCAAGGUUGUACAGAUACUUCUCCUGGUUUGUUGUACGCGAGCAAGGUUGUACAGAUACUUCUCCUGGUUGUAGGUACAGCAUAUUAUCAUAUAAUUGUACAGGGUCUGAGUGUUGUACGCGAGCAAGGUUGUACAGAUACUUCUCCUGGUUGUGGGUAUAACAGUAAUUGUGAGGAUAAGGAUUCUAUAACGAAAAAAUGGUCUUGUGGAAAGGAUACGGAAGGGAAGUUUAAGAAAUAUUUUGGACGAGGUGCUAAACAGCUCAGCUAUAAUUUCAACUAUGGUCAAUUUUCCCAGGCGAUGUUUGGUGAAAGUCGUCUUCUCCUAGAUCACCCGGAUUUUGUUGCGACCACAUGGUUAAACCUUGCUUCCGCCACAUGGUUUUAUACAACACCACAGCCGCCAAAACCAAGCAUGUUGCACGUAAUAGAUGGUACAUGGAUUCCAAACAGCGUGGACCGGCAGAAUGGAAUAGAGCCCGGGUUCGGAGCUACGAUUAAUAUUAUUAACGGUGGUCUGGAGUGCAAUACAAAGGAUGGAAAGGAAUCAAACCAAGCUUUAAACAGGAUUGCCUAUUACAAGCAGUUUGCCUGGUAUUUGUAUGUAGAUUUUGAAAAUGAGACACUCGGCUGCGCGAAACAGAAACAAUUUUCAUCCGGGGGAGCAGGGGCCUUACCUAUAUACUGGGACAAGGACUGGAGUGCCCCCUACUCGUGUAAGCUUGUGAACUACCAGACCGCUCACUCUGCCCUGGUCCCUGGGGAAUAUAUUCAUUGUGUAGAGGAGAACUUUCAAGUUAACAUCAGAUAAACUGAGAAAAUCUGGGAAUAAUUGAGUCAAGAAAUCCGCGAAAUUGAUUGUUUUGAGUACUUUGUGAUCAGACCUACUCUUCUCUUUACUCCAUGUCAAUUAUUCUAUUUUUAAAACAGUCCAGUUAAAAUUAAGGUAUUUUCAAACAUUAUAUUUUUUGCAUGGGCAUCUUUCAAAAAACUGUUUAAGAACAAAUUCAAAUUAGAUAUACAUUGUCUGGUUUAAUUUGCAAGGGUUAUCCCCCUUUUGUAUCUUUUUCCUUCCCACCCCUAACCCCCUUUUAUCUGAUGUGCAUCUACCUACCCCUCCAACCAAAUUCAACUCCUUGAGUUUUGUUACCUAAAGCAUACUGCCAGAAUGUAAUACAUACCAAUUUGCAUGCCCUGUCAUUUUAUAACCACCGUACAUAGAGUGUAAAGGUUUACAGAAUUAUCAGUUCUAACGGAAUUGUCUUGAUACAAAUUCAAAAUUAGGGUUUUUUAAAUUGUAUAAUUUUUUUUUUUAAAUAAUUGUUUUUUUAUAAAAUUAAAAAAAAAUCUGAAAGUUCUGUUUACAUUUGUUCGCUAUGUGCCAGUCAUACAGGACUACCUACAAAGGAUGAGACUUCAGAGACGACUCAACUUAGGAUUGUCAUAUUUGAAGAGUUUUAAGUCGUCUUUACAGUCUUGUGGGUACCUCUGUAUUAAUCCAAUACUCUGACUUGAUGCUUCAUUAUACUCUCUUACAAAACUUAACCGUCUAACUGUAAUAAGAUAAAGAAAUAAUUAUAAUUUAUGGAAAAAUAUGAUUAUUAAAUAUAUUUAAUUUUGAUA